AUGCUUCUGGCUACUUUUAAACUGUGUGCUGGAAGCUCCUACAGACAUCUGCGGAACAUGAAGGGUCUAAGGCAACAGACCAUCAUGGCUAUCAGCCAGGAACUGAGCAAGAGGGCACUAGGAAGCCCAACACCCAGCGCAUGGAUCAACCAGGUCCGCCGCCGGAGUUCCUUGCUCAGCUCUCGGCUGGAAGAAAGCCUCUACAGCGACCAGGACAUGGCCUAUCUACGUCAGGGGGAGGAGGCCAUGCAGAAAGCCCUUGGCAUUCUCAGCAAUCAGGAUGGUUGGAAGAGUGAGACUGAGCGGUCCAAUGGGGACAAAGUGCUGAGCAAGGUUGUCCCAGAUGUGGGCAAGGUGUUUCGGCUGGAGGUGGUGGUAGACCAGCCUGUGGAGAGGCUUUAUGAGGAAUUAGUGGAACGAAUGGAAGACAUGGGUGACUGGAACCCUAAUGUCAAGGAGAUUAAAGUCCUGCAGAAGAUUGGGAAGGACACAAUUAUCACCCACGAGAUUGCCGCCGAGACACCAGGCAACAUUGUGGGGCCCCGAGACUUUGUGAGUGUGCGAUGUGCCAAGCGCCGAGGUUCUACUUGUGUGCUGGCUGGCAUGGCUACCCACUUUGAGGAUAUGCCUGAGCAGAAGGGUGUCAUCAGAGCUGAGCACGGUCCCACCUGCAUGGUCCUCCGUCCUGUGACUGGAAACCCCUCUCAGACGAAGCUGACCUGGCUGCUCAGCAUUGACCUCAAGGGCUGGCUACCAAAGACCAUCAUCAACCAAGUUAUGUCCCAGACGCAGGUGGAUUUUGCGAACCACCUUCGAAAGCGCCUGGUCUCCAGUUCCACUUCUGCUGUCAGUUGCUGA